UUGUGACAGUUUCUGAAGUAUCUACGCUGGAAAGUGUGCAUAUUUCUAGAUUAUCAAAAUAUUUUGUUAAAUUAAAUAUUAUACGUUUUUUUAGUAGUGUUCGGUGCCUUAGUGUGUUUUACUUUUAAGUGUUUUGUCCGAUGUACUAUGUUCCACCACAUAAUAUUUUAGGACCACAUGAAACACAAAGGACCGUUAGUUAUAUAAAAUCACGAAACAGUGGUGCGGUCCUAGUAAGUCGCUAAAUAUUUAUCUCAAAACAAUAACAUCAAUCAAUGAAAUUUGAAGCUUUACAUCAGUUUUGUGUAUUUAGAGAAGCAACAUAAAAACUUCUGAUUUUAUCAUUGCUGUUAUAAAUAUGAAGUAAGCCAUAAAAACUCAACAGUAAAAUGAAAAUAGACAGAUCAAGAGUGCGUAAAAGCACAUCAGAAGUACCUUUAGAAUGUCAACAGCUCAUUGAGCGCCUUCAACAAUGUUCCCGAACUGAACUUUUGGAUGAAUUGUCUAGGAUCCAUUCCUGGACUUUCGGAAAGUGUGAAUUAUUGCAUUGGGCCCAAGUUCUCGAUGUGUUUGAUAGAAUUUUAGGAACAGCUGCUGAAAGAAGCGAUGAUAACAAAUGGGUUCUUAAGUGUGAUACAUAUAAUGAACAGGACUUUCAACUGCUAAUAUGUAUUCUCAGAUUCACCAGUUUAUUGAUAGAACACUCAUUUUCUCGACACCUGUAUAAUUCUAUGGAACACUUGUUAGUCCUUUUGGAAUCAAAUGACAUGUCGGUUGUUUUAGAAGUAUUAAAUUUAUUGUAUAUGUUUUCUAAAAGAAGCAACUUUAUUACCCGACUAAAACCUGAUGAAAAAGAGUGCCUGCUUUCACGUUUGCAGUAUUUAGCAGAGAAUUGGGGUGGUAAAGAAAAUGGAUUUGGAUUAGCCGACUGCUGCCAAGCAGACAAAGAUAUUCCUGCUUCCGCAACCACAUUGCACGUAGAAUUUCAUAGAGAAGAUGAGACAAAAUCACCAAAACGAGACCCUAGGACAGGAGAACCAAAAAUUGGAAAACCGAGUCUCCACAUAAUUCACAUUGAACAUAUUGAUAAACUUCACAAAACACCUGCGGAGAUUAUGAAAUCACUAGUUAGCCUCUACUAUGUACCUCCAGAAAAAGAGAUGUGGUUAUUUACUCAUGUGAGGUUAGCCACCCACUUUGCUGAUUAUCGCAACAGAUUGAAAAGUGUUCAAGCAAGACUGCAGGCUUUGUCUGUACUUGUUUAUUCUAAUGCAAUUCAAGAUUCACCUUCUAACCUUUUGUACAAUGGUCUUCUAGAAGAGUUAGUAGAAGUAGUAGAACUGCAGGAUCCACAGCUAACGGACAUUAGAUGUGCUGCUUUACGCACAUUAACUGCUAUUAUACACCUGGAUAGAAAUCCACAUGUCCCCAAUAGGAGACCUGGAUCGAGACUGAACAAUAUAAUAGAUGUAACGGGUGCAAGUCAAUAUCAUGGUUUUUUGCCAGUUUUAGUGAGGAAUUGUAUAUCAUCGCUAACAAACCAAGUUGACUUUGGCCACAGUGCCUUCAAGAAAAUGAAACUCCAAGAUGAGAUAUCAUCAUCAUCUUUUGAUGAAUCCAGUAAUGAGUCUAGUAAAACAGAUUUUUGUAAUGCCCAAGAAGCUUCACAUUUGGAAUCGGCUGGCAUGGACUUUGAUAUCGAGGCCGUUAAUGCUAACAACGGUUCAGGAGAUUCUAAAUUUCCUGUUAGCUUGACCACGGCAUUAUUUUCAUUCCUGUAUCACCUAGCAAGUUACGAGUCUGGGGGAGAAGCCUUAGUUUCUUGUGGUAUGAUGGAGUCCCUUCUUCAAGUAAUAAAUUGGCAAGGAUUUGAACUGGAUCACAUAACUUUUGUCACUCGUGCCGUACGUGUUAUUGAUUUAAUCACUAAUAUUGAUAUGCAAGCUUUCCAAGUACACGGUGGUCUUCAAAGUUUCAUUAACAGAUUGGAUGUUGAAGUAAAUUUUUGUAAAAAGGAUCAGUUGUAUCAAAUUAAGAUGAACACUUCAGAGCAGACAUUUGAUGAAAAUGCAGCAGGCCCAUCAACAGGAGGAGAAAAUGAAGAGGAACAUGUAACUUCCGUAGAUCUGGAAUUUGUAUCGGAAAAUGCUGGAAAAACUUGUCUUCCGCAACGUGCAGCUCUCCUUAAGUCCAUGUUAAACUUCUUAAAAAAGGCCUUCCAAGAUUCUACAUUUGCUGAAAGUAUUAGACACCUUAUGGAAGGAACUCUUCCUAAUUCAUUAAAAAAUAUAAUAGCUAACGCCGAGUAUUAUGGUCCGUCCUUAUUUCUGUUAGCUACCGAUGUUGUGACAGUAUAUGUAUAUCAAGAACCCGCUCUACUAUCCGCUUUACAAGACAAUGGACUGACGGAUGUAGUUUUGCAUUCUUUGUUGGUAAAAGAAGUUCCUUCCACUAGAGAAGUCCUUGGAUCUUUACCAAAUGUCUUCAGCGCUUUGUGUUUGAAUACACGUGGUCUAGAGUCGUUUGCUAAAUGUAAACCAUUUGAGAAAUUAUUCAAUAUACUUUUAUCUCCAAAUUAUUUGCCAGCUAUGAGGAGAAGACGUAGUUCGGAGCCUACCGCAGACACAGCAUGCAACUUGGGUAAUGCAAUGGAUGAAUUAAUGCGCCAUCAACCUAGUCUUAGACAAGAUGCUACGCUGGCCAUCAUUAAUCUGCUCGAAGAACUCGUCUAUUUAGGAACUAAUCCAAAAUACAUCUGUUGGAGGCCACACAGUAAAUCUGAAGUUUCACCAUCGAAUAAUUCAAGAUCUACAACUAACGCUGAAGGGUCAUCUGACGAGGAAGAAGAAGAUGAAGACGAAACAUCAACGUCUUCACAAAAUGCACAAGCUGAGUCUCAGGCUCAGUCCAACAGUGAAAGGACGCCGAUUGCCUUGAUCGACUAUAUACUUAACGCAAUGAAAUUUAUAGAUGCUAUACUAAGCAACAAUUCAACUGAUGAUCAUUGCAGAGAAUUUGUUGAAAAGGGGGGGUUGAAGCCCUUAUUGAAAAUCCUUGGAUUGCGAAACUUGCCAGUUGACUGUCCAGUGACUAAUCCUGCACAAGCAGUCGCCACAGUCUGCAAAAGCAUUUUAAACCUUGCGCAUGAACCAGUAUUGUUCAGAGAAGGACUCUCUCAAUUGGGAGCUGUUUUAAGUCAGUUAAAACCGUUGUAUGCAAAACAAGAGGGGCCUGGAGGUUCAAAACUCCUUUUAGAACUAGCAAAUGCCUCGGACAUAGAGACUGCAUUUAGUACAGCUACAGAUACUCCGCUUUUACACGCCAUGGGCGCUGCACACGGUUACGUUAUAAUGUUCGUCCACAUAUGUCGAACUGGUCAAACGGAAAUCAGGAACCUGUCGCUACAACAUUGGGGUUCAGAAGAAGGGCUUGAAGUUCUAAAGGGCUUAGCUGAUCUUUACACUUCCUUGGUCUGGGAAAGCACUUUACUUUUGGCAUAUUGUAGCGACGAUUUAAUCCCUUCAGAUUGUGAUUUCACUAGAGAGGACAUAGAAAAGCUGAACGCCUUUUUUGACAGGUGUGAAGGAAAUUCAACGUCGGAUACAACUGGAAAUGUUGCUUCUGCCAUGGAAGCAUUAAGCACUAAUCCGCCUCCAAUUUCGAUGGAUGUUGACAGCGAAACGGGUGCCGCCAUUAACAGACAAGACAAUCGUAACUUGAAAUACAUUAAACCUCUAUUGGGAGCCUCAUCAAGACUAGGCAGAGCACUUGCCGAACUGUUCGGUUUGCUAGUGAAGUUAUGUGUCGGUUCACCCAUUCGCCAAAGAAGAGGUCAAAAUAUUGUUGCAGCACCUCCCAUGCCUUCGCUAUAUGCAAGAAAUGUGGCAACGGCUUUGAAUAUUUUGCUGGCUGAAGGUUUAGAUUGUGAUAGAUUACCGCCAUGUCCUACAGCAAAGUGUAGACUUACCUUCUUAAUAUGCAGCGUUGGGUUCACAAGCCCGAUGCUAUUUGAUGAAAGACGCUAUCCAUAUCAUCUUAUGUUGAAGAAAUUUGUUAGCCUUGGUGGUCAAGCCAUAUUUUUCAAGACAUUCAGAUGGGCUUUGAAUGCUGGAAAUCUAAGUGCAGAUGAGGGGAUCGAAUAUUCCGUGCUUCCCGAAGGUACCCUUGGUUUUCUCGAUGCUUGGUUGACCCUCUUGGAAAAAAUGGUUAACCCCAAAGCUAUACUAGAAUCCCCUCAUACAAUUUCAAGUCGUCCAUCACACAGCUACAACUUUGAUCCCUUAAAAUAUUUGAUACAGAUCCACAGACUGGCUUUUGAAAGUGUCAUGUUGUUUUGGGGAAAGACACCUUUGCCAUCAUACGGAGCUAGAAUGACGGAAACCUUAUUGACCAUUCUCCGUCAUAUAUUUCGAGGAGAAAAAAUUAUCAAAGAAAAAUUGCGGUCCGAUGAAAAUAAAAGUGAUAACUCUGGAAAUUCCAACGCAGGACCUUCCAGUACACCAGCAAUCCGAGAUACGGAUGACAACUUAAGACAGUUAAUUGAUAUGGGUUUCUCCCGAGAACAUGCUAUCGAAGCUCUUUUACAUUCAUCCACCUUGGAACAAGCUACGGAUUAUCUUUUGUCUAAUCCUCCUCAUUUGAUACGUUCGGCUGGGAAUUCUAUGGAAGUUGAAUCAGAAGAUGAUCAAGUUUUACAAGCAAUUGCAAUAUCUCUUGGCUGCACUCCUACACCAGUUGACACUAAGAAAGAAUCUCUGGAAGAACAAGGCAAAUCAUUUGAAAAUUUGAUCAACGAGUUUACCAAUCACGCUCUAGAUGUAUGCUUGAAAUUAUUGGAAGUCAUACCCGAAACGGUUCAUAAAGUUUGCGAAUUACUUGUUACCAUCAUGAAGAGGAAUGGCCGAGCCUACCGAGAUAAUUUGUUGGACACAUUGAUUGGAAAAAUUUAUGAAUGCGUAGAGGCCAUCUCUUUCUGUUCGUACACAUAUGAAGCUAACAUUAUAAGCUAUUAUACAAUUGCAGAGUCGCAAAUAGCUAAACGCUUGACAAAUUAUAUUCAUCUCUACAUCCUUUUCUUUGAGGUGUCUUCCUAUUUUGAAAUGAAAAUACCAUGUGGAUAUGCUAUACAUAGGGCAAAAUUAUUAGAACCGCUUAUAGAAUUAAUGUGUUGCUCUAUUAGAAUGAUGAUUGGAUUAGAAGUCACCUCGGAACCUAAAUGGCUUGCACCCAGUUUUCUUUUACUUGAUGCAGUGUCAAAAGUUGCGAUUUGCACCGAUAGAAAAUUCAAAAUGCACAUGAGUACCAAUCGUGUAUGGAGAUGGUAUGACUUAGUUACCGGUAAAUGGGCACAUUAUUCCAAUAGCAACAACAAACUCAUCAAUGAAGCUUACUGGAACGGUGAACAGAGUAUUCGAGUCACUUGUGGUAGGAAAAGAUAUACCGUUACCUUCGCUAACAUGCUACAAAUGAACGAUGAGACUGGAAAUAAUAGACCUAUAACAAUGACACUGAUGUCGUUGACCCAUCCUAGUUGUACUGACGUCAAUGUACCAGUACCAGAGGAACCACGAUAUGCGGAUCUAACUGAAAAAGAAGAAAAGAGAUGUGUACCUGUGCCAGGUUUGACUCAAAAUCAGACGAGAGAAAUAGUAAGGGCAUGUGUUAGACUCAUGCAGCUCCCUAUAGAUAAAGACCUCUUACAUUCCGCUCUCCAAAUUUGCGUACGUUUUACAAGAGACUUUGAAAUGGCCAAAGUUUUCGUUGAAAAUGGAGGGGUUAAAUGCUUACUAAAAAUGAGACAGAUCAACGAUUUUGGAGGGUUCGGCAUUUUGGCUACAAUAUUAAUCAGACAUGCAUUAGAAGAACCCAACACCUUGAAAUACGCAAUGGAAAAAGUAGUAAGAGGUAGGACCCUAGCUACCAUCCCUCCCCCAUACAAGGACUUGAUUUAUUUAACUCGUCAAAUUGGCGGCGCUAUAACCCGUGAUCCAGAAGCUUUUGAUGAAGUAGCUAGUAAUAUUUUGAGAGUUGAUAUAAAUGCCACUAAAGGCGAACCUGCUGAAACAACUCUACCCUUGAAAGUAGAACCGCCCACCCGUAAUAAGGCUCCGCCAUUAGAAGAUUCAAUUUCAAUAGAAGUUGUCUGUGAUUUACUUGAUGCCCUCUUAAAGCCCCUUGAAGAUGAAACGUCUGAAACGGAACAGCCCAAGAGUGACUCGGAAAGCCAAGGUAUUAAUGUAGACGAUGAAGAAUCACCUCCUUCUACAAGUGCGCGCACAUCGAAUACCGAAAAUGGGGAAGAAAACACUUCUGCUGAGAACAAAAAGAGUCAAGUCUCUACCAAAAAACCAAUGUUACCUAAAUCGGUUAUUUUAAAGAUUUUAGCAGAUGCCGUAGUGUCAUUUGGUCCUAUAGCUAAACUCAUUACGGAAUAUAAGUACAAAGCUGAGUGUUCAAAUAUCAUUACAGAAGACACUUCUGCACUAGCAUUUAUUUUCGAUAAAAUCUUACCAGCCACAGAAAACAUAUCCGAUUCUGAUUGUUCCACAAUGUGCAGAAUGUUAAUAGCAGCGUUAGCAUCCUCGAACCAUUCUCCAGAAGCACAGAUAACAUUAGUAUCAGAAGUAAAGGUUGCACUUACUAGGGCAUUGUAUCUUCCUGAAUCAUCUGAAAAACAUAACCAAGUACAACACAUCUGUGGAAUUAUCUCUACCAUGAUCGACAAUUGUCCUCUUCCUCAUGCCAAUAGAUGGACCAGUUGCAGUAUUAAUAACAUAGUAAAACUCAUGAUAAGACGUGGCGUAUUCAGCGAUCUAGCUAAAAUAACGCACUACCUUGAUCUGUCUUCACCAAAUACGUCUUUUACUGCAAAUGCUGCAUUGAAACCAUUGGAAUCGUUGUCUAGAACCAUCAAUCAACCCACUCCAAGUGGUAGUCAGACCAAGAAUAGAAAAAGUCAACAAUCCAAUGAAGAGACUACUGGAGCACAAAGUGGUACUUCUACCGAAGGUACAAAUGCUCAAGGGGAAGACAUAGAAGAUGCAGAAAAUACAGAUCACGAUAUAUCAGCCGUAGCUUCCAGUUUAGAAAACAAUGCUGUUGGAACUGGAGAACUGGAUAACACACUAGAAGAGAUGAUGGAGAUCCUGGAGCAAAGAAAUAAUGACAACAGUCAAGGUUACAACGAUGUCCCGUCGAGCAGAAACAAUACCAUGGACAUCGAUGAAGACGGUACUAUUGGAUAUGAUCACGAGCGUGACGCUACGUUUGAUUUACAGGAAGAAUUGAUGAGCACAGAUUCCGGGGAAUCAGAUUCUAAUCCUUCUGAUCAAGUUGAUGAUGAAGGCAAUGAUGAUAAUGAGGGAGAUGACGACAAUAUCGAUGAUACCGAAGAAAACGAAGAUAACAAUUAUGACGAUGACGAUAACAACGAUCGAGAAAGACGAAUAGAAAGCAGUUCCGGAAUGUUCCGAAUUGCUACAAAUGACAGAGAUGAAGAUAUUCUAAUGAUUCAAUAUGAUGCCGAUAACGAUAAUGCUUUACCCAGGAUGAUUCGGUGGAAUGAAAAUGGUUUUGCUGUACCCAUCCUGGACGAGAACAAUCCAAAUGAUCACACAGUAGCUAUUACACAUCCCCUUCUGAUGUCCCGCAAUAAUACGGAGACAAACCAGAGCACCGUAUCACGUAACCAAAGAACAAAUCGAGCUAGGCGCUAUCAAUAUUUGUUCAGCCCCAGGAAUCCAAAUCCUCCAGUUAUAUUGCAAAGACUUUUAGGUCCACAUGAUCCCCACAUGGCUAACAUGAUGUCAGCUAAUAAUCUCUUGAGCGGACCUACUGAAAUUCGUGAGUCAGCCAGGGUUGUCGUAAUGGAUAAUUUUGGUAUAAUUCCAGCAAAUGAAGAACAGAUAGAUUUUGUCGAUCAGUCCGGUUAUCUUUUCGGUCCAAGUUUGGCCGCUACCUUAAGUCACGUUCCGCCUGUCUUACAUUGGUGGAAUAUUGAGUCAAAGUUGUUGGAUUUGGAAUCUGUUUAUGAUUGCACGACGUAUGUCUGUAAUCAGCUUAUUCCCGAUUUGAUAAAGUACAGAAAUGAAGAACUACGUAAUAAGAAGUUAAAAGAAGACGAGGAGAAUUCUAAAAAGAGGAAACAGAAAAGCGAUCCUGAGAUCCAGGAUGAAUUUAGCCAAGAAACUGUUUUGUUUAAUUACGAUGAUCCUAACUCUGGCCCAGGGGAGCAACAAAAUAAAGAAGACGAUGAAGAUAUUGAUGGUGUCCCAAUUCCUCCAGCAGAUGUUUCUGCAGAACCUGCUUCCAGAGAAGUAGACGACGAAGACAUUGACGGCAUUCCUUUAGAAACAUCGGACACAUCCAAUGACAGAUCUGAAGGGAAUACUCAGAACGAAGAUAUUAUUCUAUCCCCACUCCAAUUGAGCUUUGUCAGAGGCUCAAACGAAAACUCUCAGAGCAGCAUAUCUGAAGCAACACAUAACGCUGCAGUGCAAACCACUGAAGCUUCAGAAAAUAUAACUAGGAACACAGAUGACUCGAACAGCAGAGCAGAAUCGGAAAUAAGAACUGAUAGCGAAUCAUCCAAUCCUUUUGAAAUGUCCCUCCCAGCAUAUAUCAGAUCAACAAGACCUAAUAUAAUAUUCGCGCGACCCGUCAGUUCCCCACCGCUACAAUCAAGUGGCGAUCGUGACCAGGAAGACAAUGAAAUCAACGAAACCCAAAGUAACCAAGAUCUCAUACGAUAUACACAGUCCACAAAUCCUCUCAGAGCUAUUUUCGAGGAAGCAAUUAACCAGCAUAUUGAUUCAUUAACAAAUAACGAUAGAGACUCAUCUCGUACGCAGGCGUCGGCCGGAACCAGCCACGGUGAAGGUGAUAGUGAAGCACCAGCUAGUGCCGAAGGUAAUGGCGAAGCGUCUAACAGCGACGCACCCGGUGAAGCUGGUCCGAGUACUAUAAACACAGACGAAGAAAUCCCGGAAGGUGUAGAUCCUUCAUUCUUAGAGGCGUUACCUCCGGAAAUGCGCAGGGAAGUAUUGGAACAGCAUAGAAUAUUAUGUCUUCAACAACGUAUUGCAGCGAGCGCUGCCAGUUCUGCAAAUAAUGAACAGCAAGAACAGGCGAACGCUUCAAAUGAAGUUAGUCCAGAGUUCUUGGCGGCUCUACCUCCGGCGUUACAAGAAGAAGUGUUAACUCAACAGAGACUCGAACAACAACGACAAGCUGCAGCAAGGGCAAAUCCUAAUGAACCUGUGGAUGCCGGGGCUUUCUUUGAAACUUUGCAGCCUUCGUUAAGAACAAUGAUACUCUCUGAUAUGGAAGAUUCUCAAAUGUCGGCAUUGCCACCCGAUUUAGCCGCUGAGGCACAGACUCUCCGCAGAGAUUGGUAUGCCAGAAACAGGCAAAUGGCCCAAGAAAGAUUUUUACAAAGUAACCUAUCAACUAUAAUUAGACACUCCCGUGGAAGGCAAACUCUUAGACCUAGUAACUUCCCUAGAGGAGGUUGGAACCAAUGGAGUACUCCGGUACCCUCAAAUUCACAGAUGAAAAUACGCGGCCGACAAUUAUUAGAUCACGAAGGAAUAGCUUGCCUGCUUAUAUUGCUUUUCACCGAUGAUCCCCAUUUGAACAAAUUAAGACUACAUAGAGUAAUACGUAACUUAUGUUACCACGCUCCUACUAGAGAAUGGAUUAUUAAUGCUUUAUUGUCUAUUAUUGAGAAAAGCGUUCAUGUACAACCGGACGAUAAUAUUAACAAACCCUCAAGGAAAGGCCCAAGGCCGGGACCUUUAACAAGUAAAUUACUAACGGAUGCUAGACAUUUGCAAAACGGCGGUCACUGGCUCACCAUUCGCAUGGAAGCCGCCUUAGGGUGUGCAGCCAAUGUUUUUAUAGUAAACAAAACGAUUGGUAAAAAAUGUGACAAAUCAAAUGGUUCAAGUGUUAUCAGUAUUCACCCUCAAGCAGCUCCGAUCGUCUGCAGAAAUACUUUGGAUCUAUUUACAUCGCUCGCUAAAGCCUUUCCGUCUUGUUUACUUCCAAUAAAAUGCAUUCGAGACGAUACUGAGAAAAAUACGAUAACUCCGGUAAAAGUUAAAAACGAUACUACAUCUUCUGAUUUCUGGGAUGUUUUACUUCGUCUGGAUUCUGCUACCAAAAAAGGUAAGAGCAUACAGAAGAAUAAUACUUCGAGUACGACUAGUGAUGCGGAUGGUGUUAUUUCAUUCGAUCAAACUGUUUUUGGCAAACUGUUGAAUUUGCUAGCUUCCCCAGUGGUAAAUAGAAACACUCAGUUGACAGACAAUUUGUUAAAAUUAUUGUCUGUAACAACUUCUGGAAUGCCCGAACUAGUAAAACCACAUAAAUCGGUUAAAGGUAAACCCCAGAAUUCUGAGAAUUCUGCGAACACUCCUCCAAUGCACGCCUUGAACUUGGCCGUUAAUGUUAUCACCUACAAAAAUUGUUCAGAAGAAGGGCUCGAGUUCAUUACAAAUUUGCUGCUUAAUUUAGCAAAUUCCUCUUUGGAAAUGAGUUUUAUGAUACUAAAUCUUCUUCUAAAUGGUGCCGUUGAAAUCGGUGAUAUAGUAGAGAGCCAAAUUCAGAGUAUGCUUAAAGACUUGAAAGAUCUAAUUAGCAACACACAAAAGCGAAAAUUAGAAGAAGGACCGUCCACAUCAAAGGGCAUAAUUUAUAACAGAUUCACCAAUGAGCAGGUUGUGGUAACGGCUUCAACUAAAGUGAAAACUGCCUGCGAGCUCCAGUUGCCUUCUAUGGUACCUCUCACCUCGAAAUCAUCAAGUCAAGUGUUUUUCCUUAGGGUCCUAAGAGUUAUCGUUCAAAUAAGGAACCCCAUCAAACAGAGCAUGAAAAGAGCUGAUUCGGGAGCUUAUGAAUUACCUGCCUUAAGUGAGCAAUUGGGCAGUCUUGGAAGUUUGUGGGAAACGCUUAGCCAGUGUCUUUUGGAAUUGGAACAUGCUCCGGAUCAUCAUGCCGUACUCGUCCUGCAGCCUGCUGUCGAAGCGUUUUUCCUAGUCCACUCUCCGCAGCAAGGUGCGGCAAAAGGAAAAGACAAGGAAACCAAAGAAACCGAAGAAGAAUCGAUGCAAGACGAGUCCGAAUCUGAGCAAUCUAACGAUGCAAGAGCAACUUCCAAUUCAAACGCGCCCCAGCCUGAACAAAACCCCUCAGAUGGUGAACCACAACAGGAACCAGUCGAGAGUAAUGCCGCAGAACCAGAUAGAGUUGCAGAAACCAGCACAAAGACAACGGUGACACCGGAACAACAACAAUUCCUUGCUUUUGCCGAGAAACACCGUACCGUUUUGAAUCAGAUCUUGAGACAAAGUACCGCACAUUUAGCUGAUGGGCCGUUUGCAGUCCUUGUCGAUCACACUAGGAUCCUUGAUUUCGAUAUAAAACGUCGCUACUUCAGAACCGAACUGGAGAGAAUGGAUCACGGAAUUAGAAGGGAAGAGACGGCAGUACAUGUUAGAAGAAGUAAUAUCUUCGAAGACUCAUUCAGAGAAUUGUUUAGGAGACCACCGGAGGAAUGGAAAAAUCGCUUCUACAUUGUAUUUGAAGAUGAAGAAGGGCAAGAUGCUGGUGGUCUACUGAGAGAAUGGUAUGUGAUCAUUUCAAGAGAUAUUUUCAAUCCAAUGUAUGCUCUGUUUACCGUUUCACCCGGAGAUCGUGUAACUUAUAUGAUCAACUCGGCGAGUCACUAUAAUUCGAAUCACCUUUGUUACUACAAAUUCGUGGGACGAGUUAUAGCAAAAGCAAUCUAUGACAAUAAAUUACUAGAAUGUUAUUUCACCCGUUCCUUCUAUAAACACAUUCUGGGCAUCCCAGUAAAAUAUACUGAUAUGGAGAGUGAGGACUACAGUUUCUACCGAGGAUUAGUUUAUUUGAUGGAGAACAAUAUAAACCACUUGGGCUUAGAUUUGACAUUUAGUACUGAAAUUAGUGAGUUUGGUGUUACAGAGACUAGGGAUUUGAUACCAAACGGUAGGCAUAUUCCUGUAACGGAAGAAAACAAGAUGGAAUAUGUUCGACUUGUUUGCCAAAUGAAAAUGACGGGUGCCAUAAAACAACAAUUGAACUCAUUUCUGGAAGGAUUCUAUGAUAUUAUUCCUAUGCGCCUAAUUUCUAUUUUCAAUGAACAAGAAUUAGAAUUGUUGAUUUCAGGAUUACCAAAUGUUGAUAUAGAUGAUUUAAAAGCAAAUACCGAAUACCACAAAUAUCAGACAAACUCUUUACAGAUUCAAUGGUUCUGGCGUGCUUUACGUUCAUUUGAUCAGGCCGAUCGUGCCAAAUUUUUGCAGUUUGUGACGGGAACUUCUAAAGUACCUCUACAAGGUUUUGGUGCACUUGAAGGUAUGAAUGGAGUUCAAAAGUUCCAAAUUCACAGAGAUGAUCGUUCAACUGAUCGUCUGCCUUCUGCACAUACGUGUUUCAACCAACUGGACCUUCCUGUAUAUGAAACUUACGACAAGUUACGAGCCUACUUAUUGAAGGCAAUUCACGAGUGCUCCGAAGGUUUCGGCUUUGCUUAAAAUAAUCCUUUAAUGUUUAAGACUGAUGUGUUAAUUUUUUGUUUAUAUCAAUAGUUAGUAGUUCUCUUGUAUAUAAAAAUAUACUCUAAAUGUUAAGUGUACAGACUACGACACUGUAAAAAAAAUUUAUUUUAAUUUUUUAUAAGCUGCAAACUUUAAGUUAACUGUGGGUUAGUGCUUGAGUUACUUAUGAAGUUUUUGUAAAUUAACUAAUAGGAAGGCACAUGUAUUUUUGUAAAGGGCCUUAAGGCAAUUCGAGUGUGAUAAUUUGAAUUUGAUAGUCAGAUUCAAAAUAUAUUUACUAUUAAUAAUUUUAUUUAUAAGUAUUGUUAUUGUAUUAAAAAUAGGUCAUUAAUCACUCUUUUCUUUUGUACAUCUGUUAC